ACAGCUGCACAGCUGGUGAAGGAAUGAACUUGCCGGCAAGGGCAAGCGGGCAAAGGGCAAACACUUCUUCCAGUUCCUUUAUAUGGACUGCCACCAGGUGAAGCCAGAUUAAAGGAGUCCCUACCUGGAAGCUGCCUGGGAUCUGUAGAGUGAAGCUUCAGGACUCUUAACGUGGCCGGACCAUGGAGCAGUAUACGACAAACAGCAAUAGUUCCACAGAGCAGAUCGUGGUGCAGGCCGGCCAGAUUCAGCAGCAGCAGCAGGGUGGUGUCACUGCUGUCCAGCUGCAGACUGAGGCCCAGGUGGCAUCCGCCUCAGGCCAGCAAGUCCAGACCCUCCAGGUAGUCCAGGGGCAGCCAUUAAUGGUGCAAGUCAGUGGAGGCCAGCUCAUUACAUCCACUGGCCAGCCCAUCAUGGUACAGGCUGUGCCUGGGGGGCAGGGCCAGACUAUCAUGCAAGUACCUGUGUCUGGAACACAAGGGUUACAGCAGAUACAGUUGGUGCCUCCCGGACAGAUCCAGAUCCAGGGUGGGCAGGCUGUGCAGGUGCAAGGCCAGCAGGGUCAAACCCAGCAGAUCAUCAUUCAGCAGCCACAGACUGCAGUCACUGCUGGCCAGACACAGACACAACAACAGAUUGCUGUCCAGGGACAGCAGGUGGCCCAGACUGCUGAAGGGCAGACCAUUGUCUACCAGCCAGUUAAUGCUGAUGGCACAAUUCUCCAGCAAGUUACAGUCCCUGUUUCAGGCAUGAUCACCAUCCCAGCAGCCAGUUUGGCAGGGGCACAGAUCGUUCAGACAGGAGCCAAUACCAACACAACCAGCAGUGGACAAGGGACUGUCACUGUGACACUGCCAGUGGCAGGGAAUGUGGUCAAUUCCGGAGGAAUGGUCAUGAUGGUACCGGGAGCUGGCUCUGUGCCUGCUAUCCAGAGAAUCCCUUUACCUGGAGCAGAGAUGCUGGAAGAAGAGCCCCUGUAUGUGAAUGCCAAGCAGUACCACCGCAUCCUUAAAAGGAGACAAGCACGGGCGAAGCUAGAGGCAGAAGGGAAAAUUCCAAAGGAAAGAAGGAAAUACCUUCAUGAGUCUCGGCAUCGGCACGCCAUGGCACGGAAGCGUGGGGAAGGGGGCCGCUUCUUCUCUCCAAAAGAAAAGGACAGUCCUCACAUGCAGGAUCCAAACCAAGCUGAAGAAGAAGCCAUGACACAGAUCAUCCGAGUUUCCUAACCCCAGGAGGGUGGCAGAGCUGAUCACUCACAGUCCUCUCCACUGUUCCUGGAAAUGGACCGACUUCCAGUGGGGCACUGGACAGUCUCACUCUGCCCUCUCUCAGGACAGAAACUACUUAGCUCAGUAUUACAGCUGCAGUGACAGCUGAUGAACUGAAGUGGCCAGCUCUUGUCUCACCCUCUCAUUGAGGACCUGUUUCAGACUGUUGGACACUGACUUUUUGCAAAUUUGAAUGAUAAAAAGAGGUAUUUGCCAGCCCAGCAUUACAAACACAGCACUUACAUUGAGUGGUAAAGCCAGCCAGUCAGCCAUUGUCAUAGGGGAGAGCAGCCUUCUCAACCUGGUCCUCAGUCAAGGCGCCACAGGCCCUGCCUCCCUGUGGAGUCUCAACAGCAUCCAUCCCCUGGUGGGAUGUUGGGCUGCCUGAUGCAUAGACACUUUGCACUCUGGUGGUUCCCAAGCAAAGAAGCUUCCUGUUAGGACUUGGAGCAACAAACUGAGCUAAAGUCUUCUGACCUGUACUGACAGGAAUCUGCCCACAUGCUAGGUUGGUAUUUUUUUUUUUUUUUACUUCAGCCAAGAAAGUACAAAAAGGAUAUUUUGGACUCAGGAUAAAAGGAUAGAUGGACCUAAAAGGUACAUUUUUAGCUUCGACUGUGGUCUGCUCAUUUCUGUUAACGGCCAUCGAGGUCAUAGUUCAUACUGUGGCCACUUUAGAGACAGUUCAGAGAACAAAACUUGACAACAUGUAUGCUGAAGUGUUGAGAACUCUCCCAGUUGUCCUUCAACAGAGGCAGACCUAGGCUAUUUAAUCAUGGGCCUGAUGACAGCCAGUAGCACAUGGAAGGACCUGUGCAUUUCAAUCUAGAGAGCAAGUGCCCUGCCAGCCCGAGUGCUGCUGUAGAGCAUGCUUCUCCAGCGGAUGGAUACCAGGCGUGGCUCUUAGACUGAAGAAACCAAGUCACAGUCACGCUGUCACCUUCUGAUGUGCACUAAAAGAGAAUCCUUAUUGCCUGGAGUAGCACUGUUGAGCCAGCUGUCCUGGAUGCAGACUGGAGCACUGCCAGGGUGCAGAGUGCAGGAGAGUCGCGUUCUUCACCCCUGCCUGGGUGAUGACCCAGGGGGUGAGUGUUCUUCCCAUGGCAGCUGAUUCCUUGGUGCCAGUUUCCACUUGUUUUCUCCUUCCUCUGUAGACCUUGCAGCAAGGUUUGCCCACUGCAUCAAUGCUGUAGGGACCAGCUACAGCCUGUGAGGAUUCCUGCAGGGUCAGGAACUGGGCCUCAGAAAUGUUUUCUGGACAAGCACUCUACCACUGAGCCACACACACACACACACACACACACACACACACACACACACACACACAUGCCCCAGCCCCAGCCCCAGCCCCAGCCCCAUAGAUGCUGAGGCCUGAAGAAAAGACCAAUGAUGAGACAUCAGAAGAACUGGCUGCCUUCUCUGCAAUCAAAGUCAAACGCAGUCAUUCCACAGACUAGUCAAGUCUAAAGACUGGCUCUGUGUUAGAGACAGGAAAGACCUUAUGAAGAAGUACCAUGGGGAACUAGUUUAAUUGGAGAAGCAUGGAGUAAGCCAUCCCUUCCACUCCAGGAAUCUUGCCAUGUCUCCUGGCUUCCAGAGGUCAGAGGGGGCUGAUCUUUUUUUAGUAAACUCACUACAAACUUUGGGCUCUUCACAUGAGCUUCCAGAUGUUACUGAAAACCAUGAGGAAUUUCUACCUUUGAGAUAGAGAGGAUUCUAAGAGGGCUUCAAGGAUUCCUCAGACUUAACAGUAGUGCUUCAGCCAGCAACUGUAGAGUGCUAUUUAUUUGUGUCUGUAAGUUUGUACAUAACCCUAACCUCAUAUUGUUGCUGAGUUUCAUUUUGAGGAAGGCAGGUUUGAGUUUUCUUUCCUUUGAUGCAGAUGCUUGGGUUUCCAUUUUGUGGCUGCGUUGCAGUUGGCUCCUGUCCCUGUGGUCAUUCUAAUUCUGGCACAGCAUAGGACUAACAGAGGCCUGAGGGGCUGACUUGGAUUUCUUUUUGUUUGUUUGUUUAUUUGUUUAAAUUAGUUCUUUUUACUUGUUUGUUUUUGUGAUUGUAGUGAUGGCUUCAAAGAUACAGAGUAAGUGGAGGAGUGGGCUGCUGGUCUCUGGGCACUCUGCUUCCUGCUGCAGGAUAACUGUAAAUGUAUAUAUUUUAAUUGCACUGGUAAUGGGACACGCCAGUGUCUAGACCACUGCACCCACAGCCUCUCCUGGCUACAGGGUGCCUGAUAAUAAUGUCUUGAUUUUUCUUUGGGACUCAACUAUGUCAGUCUCCCCCCCCCCUUCCCCCUCCCCCUCUUCCCCGUAGGGGAGUACAGGUGAUCACUGAUGUCAUUGCAAUUGCUUUUCUUUUUUAAUAAAUUUAUAAAAAUACUAAAAA